AUGUGGUUUAUGAGCAAGUUGAGAUCAGUUGUACCAGAUGUUCCUGAACUGGUUUUUCUUUCUGAUAGAAACGUAAGUCUCCUCAAGUCAAUACGUGAGGUCUUUCCAUUGUCUCAGAAUGGUGUUUGUAUAUAUCAUUUGUCUCAAAACGUGAAAGGGAAUGUCAGUGGAGUCAAUAGAGCAACUUGUGCGAAGAAGUUCCGAGCUUGUGCUCAUGCUUAUACAGAGAAUGAAUUCUUGACACUAUAUAGUGCUUUUAGGAAAAUGUAUCCAGAUGCAGCCGACUAUCUGGACAGAACUGUUGGUGAGGAGAAAUGGGCAAGAUGCUAUUUUCCCGGAGACAGGUAUAACAUAGACACCACCAAUUGUGCAGAAUCUAUCAAUGGCGUUUUUGUAGAAGCAAGGAAAUACUCGCUGUUACCAAUGAUUGAUGUGAUUAUUGCAAAAUUAGCUGAAUGGUUUAACAAGUAUAGGAAGGCGUCUAAUGAAGUUUCUACGGCACAUAAGCUUGUGCCAUAUGUGGAGAACGAAAUGCAUGUGAGAUGUGUGGAAGCAAAUAUCUUGACGGUGCAUGAGUUAAACAGCUACCACCUUGAGUACAAUGUGAUUGGGCGUGAUGGCAAGGUUUAUCUGGUUGAUAUGAGAAAUAAAAGUUGCAGUUGCAAGAGGUUUGAUAUCGAUAAGUAUCCGUGUGUGCAUGCAAUAGCAGCUGCUAUCUUUAUGAGCGGGGAUAGAGAGCUCCAUCUACGUGAAUUUUGCUCCCACUAUUAUUGGAUGGAACAUUGGUCGUUGGCUUACUGCAGGACAAUCUAUCCAGUCCCCCAUAAAGAUGACUGGGUUGUUCCUGACCAUAUCCGAGCAAAAUGUACAACUAGUAUAACUAUCGGGUACAACUAG